CACCCUACGCCCAUCACAAAGCCCUCCGGUAUUCCACAGCUAGACACUCCCAACAACUUUUCGAAGGAUCUUGUGACGGAAGAAAGGUCCUGGAAGAAGAAUUUCAGCCCAAGUGUUGCAGGGAAAAAGAGAUCCACAGGACACGAAUUCACCGCUUGGCUCCACACGCGCAACAUGGCAUCUGGCGAGGGACCCGACGCGUGGCUUGGGCUCCUGAAAUGGACCCUGAGCCAUCAAGAUGGAACAGAACCUUCAGAUGCUCGCCCCAUGGGAGAUGAGGACCGGGCCUGGCUGGAGAAGGUCGUGAACGAGGGCGUUCGCGACGACUUCAAGACCAUGACGGAUAUCUACUCCCGCCUCUGCGCCUACCUCGACCGCGCUGCCUCCAACCCGGCUCCUGCUCUGCCCUCCUGCGCUCAUCAACUAGCCGGCGGUCAAGAACUCACCGCAGAAGGAGAAGGAAACACCGCCGUCAGCGGAGCAGGCGGCGCAACAACGACAGCCGGGACUGUCGGCAUUGGACCAAGGCCCCCGAGUGACUUCGUUCCACCACAGCCCCCGCCAGCGACCACAAAUGCCUCCGCUUCUGCGACGGGAGCCGUGCCUGCGACGGCUGCUGGCGGGGAGGGGGCUCUGUCGACCUUUACAGUCGUAGCCCCUUCGUUCUCCUCUCCGUCCGUGGGCCAGACGGCGGACGCAGCGGCGGCUGCGGGAGGGGCGACGAGCGGCAGGGUCGGGGAAGGGGGCUGCACCGCGGAGGAACUCAAGGCGAUGGAAGCCGGCGUUCUGGACGAUCUAGAGGAGCUCCAAGACAUCGUGGAGCAAAUUGAUAUGGCCGCAACUUUCGCCAAGAUCGGCGGGUUCGGGAGACUCAUUGCCCUUGUGACCCCCUCACGCAGGCCCGAAAAGCUGCGUCUUCGUGCGGCAUCCUUGAUCGCAACCCUGACCAAGAACAAUCCACCUGCCCAGGCGGCCUUUUCGUCGUCCAGAGGGCACAAAGCACUCAUCGAAGUUGUGGCAGCCCAGGUAGCGGCAGCAGCCACCUCACCGAACAACACCGCCUCCCCUGAAACACCCGGGGAUGCAAGCGACGCGUCCCCGCCUUCGGCGCCGUCGCCGUCACUGUCGCUGCAACGAGCGAUCCUGCACGCCCUGAGCUCCUCCGUCAUGGGCCUCGCGCCGGCGGAGGAUGCCCUUUGCCUGGAGCCGGGCUUCCGGGAGUUCCUAGCGCAGGCGCUGUCGCAGGCCAGGGAGGGGACCGGGGGUGCCACGGGGGCGGCAGGGGAGAGCAGCAAGCUUCGGAGCAAGGCUGCAUUCGUUUUGAAGGCCCUUAUCAGCUCGCCGGAGGCAAACCGUGCUCGCGUGGAGGCCCUUUGGCCGGCGGUAUUGGGCUUGGUGGCUGGGCUGGAGGCGCUGGCUGCCGGGGACGAAGAGGACCCCGCCGCGGCUCUCGAGACUUGCAUCGAGGCCCUCCUGGCGGCGUCUAGGAGCCCGGACGGAGACAGACUUGUGAGGGACCUCGGAUCGCGGGUCUCAAGAGUCGCAGCAAGGCGAAGACAGGUGCUGGUGGAGACGCGUUUGGCGGCGGCGGCGGCGAGUGGGGGGCAAGAAGAUGAUGCUGCCAGCGCGGAGUACGAGCUUGGACUCUGGUCGGAGUGGGACGCUCUCACUGGGCCGGCCCAGUAGUGUCUUCUGCUGUACCCAGCCUCACUGCUUUUUCUGCCAGCAUCAGAGGUUGAGUGAUCUGCAGCUCGGUUGUUGCCUGCUAACACGACGGGGACCUGCGAGCCUUACUACCCCGGGCCUUAAAAAAUAGCACAGAGAUCGCUUCGCGACAUGAGAGAGGACGCUAUCUGCUGGGCGCCCCACGACAAAUCAUUUGAGUACCUCACGGCAGUACUACCUUUCCCAGGACGAUUUUGUUUUUUCUCGCGCCAGCCAGGAGUUGAUGGAUUGUGCGGUGGGAUGGCGAAAGGAUGGGUGAGGGUGCUGUAGAUUCGUAGGUUAGGGUUCGACGUUGGAUGCAGAUCAAGGGUCCUUCAAGAAUGUGACGCGAUAAGCACACGCGAUCUUCUUUUUCUUCCCACUACACGAACGACUCAAGAGAUAUGCAUCCAUCUCUUUGCGCGCAUUGGAUCACGGCCUAUCUCAUUUACCCUACGGAGAUACCUUGAAUAUGAACAAGCUGUUGGGUUUGAUUUGGGGGUGUAACCCCUCAAACGAGCGACAUUGAUUUGUCGAAGACUUACGGUUAGAUUUUGUAGCGCGGAAGCGUGCACUGACAAGGUUCCGACUGUUGUAAGUUCGACGUAUGAUAGAGGGUAAGCGACAAAAUAUGGCAAAGCUCUGUGUAGGUUGCCAUGCAAAAUAGGUGGAGAUGGGUGGUGGCAUGACCGUGGGAGCCACGGAGACUGUCCGAAUGAGUGUCCCAAACGCGUUCCCAACGGCCUGAGGGGUGAAGACGAAUGUGGUCGAGGUUGCUUUCCCCCUAGACGGUACAUUCAUCAGGCAAAAUUCUCAUCUUAGAAUUGAAGAUCAAAACGGGUUGUGUGGAAGUAGGUAGCCAAACGAGCAAGGCGACGUGAUAACCCUCCAUCCUCCC